CAGAGAAGCGGUUGUCGGGGCUCGGGGCUGUACCGAUACAUCCAACUCAGAUAUCUAAUGUCCUGUGCUAUCCUAUAGAGAUACGCAACCGGGACACAAUUCAAUAUCCACAUUCGAUCUCUGCUCGGGGCUCAGCCGAGAGUGUCGGCCGGCCGAGGAGCGUCACGCUGCGGACUCGCCGCUCGCCACAUGUCGCUCAAACAUGGACGAGCUUCGGCAUCAAGUGAUGAUCAACCAGUUCGUCUUGACGGCCGGAUGCGCCGCCGAGCAGGCCAAGCAGCUCCUCCAGGCGGCACACUGGCAGUUCGAGACGGCGUUGAGCGCAUUUUUCCUGGAGGCCAACGUUCCAAGCCAGCAGCACACGGCGCGGCCCCACACAAACACUCCCGCCACGCCGCCCAACUUCCCCGACGCCAUCGCCAUGUUCUCCAAGUUGCGAGCGUCCGAAUACGCCGGCGGCGGCCACGGGGCCGGUCCGGCAUCCGCGGGGCACUCCCCGCCCGGGCCCUCGCAAGCGUCGGGUUUCGGCCCCUUCUGGGCGUCCUCGCCGCCCUGCGGCACCCCCGCCCCUCCUUGCCGAACGGUGCACACUCGCUCGCCGUGGCCCGCCCCCUCGCAGCCCGGCUCCGCCCGGUCGACCGGCGUCCUGUCGGCGCUCCGAGGUAAUCGGAGAAAAGACGCUUCUUCUUCUUCAUCGAUAGUCUCGUGACGCCGACGUGGGCGACGCUUCACCGGCACGGAGUCAUGUGACCUGCGGGUCAAAAAGGCAACUUUUCGUCCUACUUUCAUCUUAUGGACUUUCUCAAACCUAUCUUAUUUUACGGACUUCCAAAACGGCGUCUUAAACGGCGUGGAUGACCGAACGUGAUUGAUGGCGUGAGUCACAUGCCUCCUUCCGUCAUCAGAAUCCUCUCAGGCGCUCGCUCGCAAAGAUUGCCAAAGUUCUUGGGACUCCUCUGACCUCACGCGUGUUUAUUUGUUCGUUCACAAAUAAAGUUGCUUUGUAUUAUGUUCGUUUUGUUGUGUGGCUCACAUUCCUGUCCUCCUGGUUGUUUGGGCCACAACUAACUUUUAUUUUAAUCAUCGAUUAAUCUGUUGAUUACUUUUUCGGUUAAUCGAUGAAUCAGAUAAAAAAAAAAUUGAUCAUUUCUGUGCCUUUUGUUAAAAAAGCAGGAAACGAUUUCAAAUUGACAGUACAUAAAUUGAUGAUGAUUCAGUUACUGGUUUGGUGCAUAACAUCCGUCAGAUAUCCGGAAAAAAUGUUAAUGGUUAUUUUCCAAAGUAAAAGAAGAUGUUGACAAAUGUCUUAUUUUGAUGAAACAAAGAUAAUCUGCUUUCAUGGAGGACGACAAAAAUCGGAGAAUAUUUACUGUUGAGAGGCUGAAAUUCCGACGAUUUGGACAAUUUGAAGGUAAACAAGAUGUCGGCGGGGCUGCGAGCGACAAGAAGUCCCCCACCUCCUGCCGCUGAGUUUGGACAAGACCGUUAUUCGGUCCUCUCGU